AAUAACUAGCACAAGCAAAUACCAGUUGUAUCUACGCUUUCAUAAUUAAACAUCAUAAUCCAAUCUUUAACAGUAUCUAGUAUUAUUAUUCUAUCCAGAAGUUCUUUGUCUUUCAACUCGUGAUGCAUCGACCCCGCACGGAGAAGGAGCAACGGCGAUAACGCCAACACAUAUCCGACCACCCGGAAACUUCUCCCCUUCACAUCCCGACUUCACCUUUUGCUUUUGCUUCUGGAUCAAUUCGCGCCCACGGCAAUGGGACUGAAACAGCAUUCCUCAGAGGAAGAAACAAGAAAGAGGACGUGAUUAGUGCUGCCCCUAGCAUCGGUCCUGUGGCGCGCAAUAAUCCGACACGUUGGCCCUCCCCUCCCGAUGGCCAGCCCUCGUACAAGCCCGAGCGCCCAGAAUGCCUCCGCUGGCGAGCAGACGCAGCCCAUAGGAUCCCCGGGCUACACGGCGGUGACUCCGGGAGGAACGACAGCUGGGCGGAAGAGGAAAGCGUCCGAGUCGUCCAACGCGAAAGAUAGUGCUGAGCGGCGGAAAAUCACCAGGGCUUGUGAUUACUGUAAAGAAAAGAAAACCCGAUGUACAGGGACUUUACCAUGUCUGAGAUGUACAAAGUUAUCGCUGUCUUGUGAAUACAAUGCAGCGUAUUCCAGAGGACUGCCUCCGUCUCCGCCACCCGCUCCGGAGUCAACCCUGAGGUAUGUGGCUGCAUCACCGGCCGUUAGCCAGAGAACGCCAAAGAGACUUGGCCCUCAGAGACGUCACAAGUCUUCAGGCGCGGCGUCUCCGCGAAAUUCCCCAGAGCCAGGAGCCACGGACCUGGAAGGGAACUAUCUCGGUCCAGCAUCGGGAAUCUCGUUCCUGAACCGCGUAUGGCGGCGGCUGAACCAGGAUGAGGUCGCUACGAUCCCAAGUGGAUUGCGGGAUGAGUCGUCAAAAAGCGCUUCCGUGUUUAUGUUUGGUGAUCGACCGUUCUCCGACUAUGGAGAGACGGGGUUUUCCUUGCCGCCGCUGCACAGAGCGCUUGAGCUGAUUGAAGUCUACUUUGACUUCGCCAUCGUUACGUACCGGUUUCUCCAUAGAGGCCUCGUGGAGUCUUGGUUGAAAGAAAUGUACGAGAGAGAGAUCUCUUCGGCAAGGCCUCCCACAGGGGACAUAACAGCAAAGGCGGCCAUACUGCUGAUGGUCUUCGCUAUAGGCACAAUGUAUGAAGAGAAGAAACCAGGCAAUGCUGGUCUUGCAGAGUUCCAUGAAAGUGAGCGAUGGUAUGUUGCAUCGAAAGCUAUGUCAUACAACGAGACUGGCAAACCCCGGCUAGAAACUAUCCAGGCAAGAUUAGGCCAAUGUCUGUACCUCCUUUCCUCUUCGAGGGCCAAUGAAUGCUGGUACAGAUUUGGCACUACGUUACAAUUGGUGACGGCGCUUGGGUUACACCGGCGACGGCCAGCGAAGCUGCUGAAGGACGGUAAAGCGUACCUAGAGAACGAAUUGCGGAAACGCACUUUCUGGAGUGCUUAUAUCCUCGACAAAUAUCUCAGUGUGACCUUUGGACGACCCCGGUUGUUGCAUGAUGAAGACAUCGACCAGGAUCUGCCCGAUGAGGUAAACGACGAGGACAUGCUACCAGGAGAUCAAAAGAACAAAGUAGCCCCUUCAGACUGUGUGAUGACUGGUACCAUCAUGCAUAUCCGCUUGUGCCGUCUCGUUGGAGAAAUCUCCCGGCAAGUAUACACCAUUAGGCCGUCCAGCAAGACCGCACCACUGGAGGCUGCACUGCGACUUACUCUCGAACUCGAAGAAUGGAAGGAAAGCCUUCCCCCUCUGUUCAAGAGUAUCCGGCCGUCCAGUCUCGUGGCUCCCCUCUGCCGACAGAGCCAGGUACUGCAGUUAGCAUAUUCUCAUGCCAUGAUACAUGCGACACGGUCUUUCCUUCUCAACGACUUCACAGACUUCACGCGGCGACCUUUGGUCACGAAGGACAAAAUCAAUUGCCAUGUGCAGAAGUGUAUCGACGCGGCAAAGGACACAAUGUUGCUUGUUGAUGAUCUUGCGGCUCAGGGGAUCCUCGUCCAGUCAUUCUGGUUCACCCACUACGUUUGCUUUUGCGCUAUUAUUGUGGUUUACAUUUACACUAUCCAGCACCAUCGCCUUUCAUCUUCAUCUGACGCAGACCAUAUUCGACAUGAUGCGCGAGAACUAUUCAGCUUCGCGGAGAGGUGCCAACGGCAUCUAGCCAAAGCCACUCGUCGGAAUUGUCCCAGUCGUCGUUACAGCAUCAUUCUUGAAGAGCUCAGGCGGGAAGUCCACCGCCAGAUCAACUCUAACGGACUACCCAGGCCCGUUACCACGAAGGAGCCAGCUGGCACGGACACUGCGUCGGAACGGCGGCAUUACUCUCUCGAAGUACCGGGACAGAGAGAGGCGCCAGAGUAUGAUAUCUCAAAUUAUCCACCGCCCUUUCUGCCAGAAUUGGAGAUGUCGGAACUCACUCCGUCUGAUGAUGUCGGUCAGGAUUUGGAUUUUCUCAGCAACCAACUUGAGGAAGGCUCGGUCUGGUGGACCCAGCUGGACUCUUGGGUAUGUGUUCGUUCUCUUCGUAUCUGUGUAUUUCUAACGUCUUUAUAGGCCUUCUCUAGCAUUCAUAACGACUCCUCGAUAUUUAAUGGCUAAUGCUCAUGUGACUAUGGAAAUAGCAGGUAGAUGUAAAUAAAGUGGA